AUGUCUCAACUCGCUUUGCAUCCAUAUCUCUUCUUUCCAGGCAACUGCCAUGAAGCAAUGAAUUAUUAUCAGUCCAUUCUUGGUGGUAAACUCCAAAUUUUAAAGGCUGAUGAGGAAGCAGAGAAGCGUUGUCCAUCCAUGAAAGGAAAGGUUAUGCACAGUUGCUUGCAAUUAGAUUCUGGCAAUGUUUUGCAAGGAAGUGACGAUCCAAACAACAGUCAGGUCACACAUUCUGGAUUCUCCCUUUCUAUCACAGCAAAAUCUGUCGAAGAAGGAGAAAAGCUGUUCCAAGCUCUAUCGAAUGAUGGCAAAGUUACUAUGGCAUUCGGAAAGACAUCAUUUUCUGCCGGCUUCGGUACCUGUAAGGACAAGUAUGGUGUCGGAUGGAUGGUGUACGUCUGUACCGGAAACCAAAGUGUCAGCACAACUCAAUAA